AUGUCUUUCCUUCAUAAUCAUUCUUGUGAGUGCGUUAAGUCAGAAUUGGAUUUGUUUGCACUACCGUCUACACAAACUAGCAUUGAAAAUGGAUUGUGGAUUCAUUAUAAACCAAUUUCAUCUCUUGGUGAUGAUGGACCUAUCGAGUUUCAAGUUCCUGGGACCGGCGAUGACUACAUAGAUUUGUCUCAUACAUUACUCCACAUAAAGGCAAAAGUAUUAAAUCAAGAUUCAACUAACUUGGUAUCUACUACAAUAGUAGCACCUGUAAAUAAUUGGCUGCAUUCACUUUUUAGUCAACUUGAUGUUUAUUUAAACCAAAAACUUGUAUCACCACCUAAUAAUACCUAUGCAUAUCGAGCAUACAUGGAAACCCUUUUAAACUAUGCCCCUGCUGCUAAACAAUCUCAUCUUGCUUGUAGUCUUUGGUAUGAAGAUACAGCAGGAAAAAUGGAUUCUACAGAUGGUAAAAACAUAGGAUUUGUUAAAAGACAGGAAUUGAUUAGUGAAAGUAAGGAAAUAGAAAUGAUUGGUCAUCUUCACGGUGACAUUUUUAACCAAGAUAAAUUUUUAAUUAAUGGUGUUGAAAUGAGUGUUAAAUUGGUUCGAUCAAGAGAGAGUUUUAAUUUAAUUGUUGGGUCAAACGAUGUAAAGUUUAAAGUUUGCAUUACGGACGCAACUCUUAUUGUUCGACGAGCACGAAUUAAUCCAAGUGUAUUACUCGCACAUCAAAAAGUUUUAGCUUCUACCACUGCUAAAUAUCCUAUUACUCGAGCUGAAGUAAAAGUUUUAACAAUUCCUUCGGGUGUUCAAGGAAAAACUCUUGAUAAUAUAUUUUUAGGACAGGUACCGAAAAGAUGUAUAAUUGGAUUUGUGAACAAUUCUGCAUUUAAUGGUUCCCUUACUAAAAAUCCAUUUAACUUUGAAAACUAUGGUAUUAAUUCUUUCAGCUUAUAUAUUGAUGGUCAACAAAUACCUUCAAAAGCUUUGCAACCAUCUUUUAAUAAUAGCAUAUUUACAUCAGCAUAUCAUACUCUAUUCUCGGGAACUGGUAUUCACUUUCUUAAUGAAGGAAAUGGAAUCUCUUGUGAACAGUAUGGCAAAGGUUACUGUCUAUUAGCAUUUGACUUAACUCCUGAUUUAUCAGCUAACUCAUCAACUCAUUGGAAUUUCAUAAAGCAUGGUAGUGUAAGAAUAGAAGUAGGAUUUGAAUCCUCAUUAAUACAAACAAUUAACUGUAUAGUUUAUGCUGAGUUUGAUAAUAUUAUUGAGAUAGAUAAAAACAGAAAUGUUACUGUAGACUAUAGUAGUUAA